AUGAAUGCAAACGAAGAAAGAGAAGUUGUUGCCAAAGCCGUACUCAGAAGCGAAUGUGACAAUCAUUUUUACGAGUACCUGAUACAGAGAAGGGAACAAACUUCUUUCGUGAAAGAAAUUCAAAUAGAAAAUAGCUGUUAUUGUACUACACUACUUAACCUUAAGAACGAUCAUGAACUUGGAGUCAACGCAAAAAGUGCUUUGGACGCGUUUGAGCUUACUCAAUAUUCAAAUAAAAUCGAAAGUACAAAUUUACCAACUAAUUUUCAUCAUCAGCGAGAAGUGCAACAAGAAUUACCAGAAUCUGACGCAGAGUUUAAUACAAUGCGAACUGAAAUUCAGGACUAUCAUGAAGACAAUAGCAUCGAUAUUGUAACCAAUGUUACGGAUGAUUAUUUACAAGAAGCAGUGGAGUCCAUGGUUGGUAAAGUGAGAAGUGGCAUAUUGAAAGUGGAUAAUGUAAAUUUGGAAGAAAUUUUCGAAAAGUACCGCGAUGAGAGUGAAAGCAGAUUUGAGUGA